AUGAUUGCCAAAUUAACCGUAAACGGAACUUUUUGCGAAAUUACGAGCGAUUUUUGUCUCGACGAUAACGCGACGUUUUGGCAAAUCCUACCGACUGCGCCAAUUUUAGUAAAAACCCUAUAUUUUAUUCCCUCCCCAUUAUAUAUAAAAAUAGAUAAAAACAUACCUUCCAACAAUCACAUUCCUACAACGCCUAAGGACAUCAUUUCCUCAUCCGGCAACACCGUAAUUGUCGAAAGGGCAUAUCUUCCUAAUAUCACCAUCAAGCCCUUGGGACCAACUCUCAGGCACGUGCUCAAAAAUUCCUUACAAAAAGGUUUGUGGAAAUCCAAAAUUACACGUGCCUCCAGCACAACUUGCGGUUUAUCCAGUAAACCAAAGAAACGGAUUCCACGCGAAAACUGCAGCCAAAAUCCCUUAGGUACAAAGGCGAAUCCUAGGACUCAAGAAGGCUUGGCAGCUAAAACGACCAUUCAGGCUGAAAGUUGGGGUAGAAAAGACGGAAGGAAGAACUUGAAAGUUUUGGAUGUAGAAGCUUUUGAACGUCUGCUGGGUCCGUGCAUGGACAUCAUGAAACGGAACAUCACCGACUAUGAAGAUCAAAUGCUCAAAAUUUUCGGCUCGAAGCAAAACAUAAAAGACGUACGAUGAAAAGCGACUCGAUUUUAAAAAGUUGCCAUCUUAAAAUAAAAAGUAAUACCGCGCACGACCCACCACUGUCCUGUCAACCUUUUUAGUUGAGAUUUUAAAUUUAUUUUUGUGUUUUUCUUUUGGUUGUGUGUGGAAAUUUUUCAUUGUUGUGGGAGAUAAUUGUCAACUUAAAAUAAAACUUUACAUCACUUCAAAUUAUUAUAAAUAUAGAUUGGUAAGGAAUUUUAUACUGAAUAAGUGAGUGUUUAGGAUUCUAUUUCUUCCUAAAUAAGUUUGUUGCGGUAAUUUUUUUAAAUUAUCUACUAGUCAGAAAAAAAAUAUGUAAAUAAUAAUAUUAUAAUCUCAGUAAUAAUUUGGAAGCACAGCUGACAACAUAUCAAGUUAUCGUUUAAUUCAUCACUCAUCUUUGGUUAUUAUUGAAAUUAAAAUUUGCUUUUUUUUUUAAAUGCUCUUUUGAGCCUCUCGGAAGAAAAAAUGUGUGCAAUAUUUCUUCAAAAUUCCUCAAAACUCGUUCCAAAUAUUCAAAUAAAAAAUGUUUCCAAUAAAUUAUUUAUGUAAUUUAAGUUUUGUUUUGCUCAAGAAUUUUUGUGGUAAAGAUCUGCUAUUGCCGAUCAAAAAUGAAUCUAUAGCACAAAAUAUUUACAAUUUAAGUGAUUAUUGAAAAUCAAAUUUAUUUAUUGUUUUUGUUAUUUUAAUUUUUAGUUAAAGACCAAUUUUGUUCAUUAAUAUAUAUCAUAUUUUUUAAUUAAUAUUUAGUAUUAGUAGGCUAUUUUUGACUUUGUUGGCACAUUCGAAGUCCUAAUACUGAUUAGAUAUAAUUUGAAAUAACAAACUUUGAUGAAAAAGUUGGCCUUUAUAAAAAAACUUAUGUGUAUUAUUUUUCAUGGUUGUGUUUUUUUUUUUUUUUAAAUUAAAACUCUCAUCAAAGAUUUUGGAUAGCUCUAUAAAAGUCGGAGACAAAACUGCCACUCAGUAAUUUUCGACUUCGAGUCAUUGAAUUUGUUUUCAUAAAUAUCUUUUUGUUAUAUUGUGUAAAUGUGCUAGUGUAAUAUAAAAUGAAAUUCCCUUCGUUAUUUAUUCACAAAAAAAAAAAAAAAAAAUGUA